CUCGCAUACAUCUGCAUACUACUGCAUCGCGCCAUCCAGUCAUUCCCUGGUCGCUCGAACGUACCAUCCCUCGAAUCGCUCACUUGUGCUGCGCACCACUCCCCGACAACUCAUCUGAAUAUCCUUUCUGAGCGGACAGCUGGAUUGCUUCUGACUCGUCCAUUCCUUUGUCCGAUCAACCCCCCUGCGAACGUCCACCCUCCCCAACCUAUACAAAAUCACACAUAGCCCGCUUCUUCGACUCGAGGCUCUGCAACCGCACCAGGUCGGUCGCCUGUCGUCUGACUGCAUCCCAGUCCAAAGUCUGCCACCGCCUCCCUUUCAGUCCGUCUGCAUCCUCGACUCCGACCCGAGCCUCGAUCUGCAAGGCCAGCGCCUUACGCACCCCGUCAUUUCGAGUCCGCCUAGAGCCCACGCGUUGUACUUCCUCCUCCAGACGGGCCCUCCCUGCAUUGCAGCUGCACCAGCACCGAUCCGAUCCUUUGCGAUAUCAGGCGACGCUCCUGGCCAUAAAACAUGGCCGGUAUCCGAGCCUGAUGGACCGCCCUGGUUCCCUCUCCUCUACACGACCGCUUCUUGUCUUCUCCCUACAAGACCACUAUGAAGUCGUCAAAGGACCAUAUACAGAGCUGGACUCAUUCUGACCAUUCUGACCAUUCUCAAACCUUUUCUUGAUCGUUCUCUACUGUUCUUGGACAGACCCGAGGCCCGUCCACCAUGAUCUCUGCAUCACCAUCGCCUGCUCUCAGGCCCUUGCGGAGCCGGGAAAGCUCCCCUUCGCCUCGUCCGCGCCCAAUGGCUCACAUGUCUGCCUUCCAGCGCGUCAACACCUCCCUACCACACCAGGUGCUGUCGGUGACCCCUGCUUCCGCCAACAGCACCUCUUCUAUCGCCCCGAGUCCCCAUAUCUCUUCUCUUCAGUCAUCCCCGCUGGUCUCUCAAACACACUACCACCACCUAGGGACACCGGGACCUCUUGAGCUCCCCGAGUCCCUAGUCUCUGCUGCUCAUGCCUCGCCUCCGCAGCGAGAUCCGUCUGUGAGCCUCAAGUCAGUGGGUCUCAUGCGCAAGUUGUCCCAGAGCGCAAAGGAUGGCGUUUCCUCCACCCGGCAAAUUCUACGGAGGAAAACGUCGUCGAACCAAAAUCGCCGGGACGAAAGCACCGGACCUAUCGCUCGCCGAAGGAGUGACAGCAAGAAUGCACUGCCUAGUGGUGGCGGUAGCAGCAGCAUUGAGUCACCUUCUUUCGAUACCUUGCCCAUGGAUAUCCAUCCCGGUCUGGGUCUUUUCGACACCAUGAGCAUAUCCAGCGAGCCAGUAACUCUCCUCGAUACCAGCCCAGAAGGCCAGGCCCCCUGCGUGCCUGAACGUCUCGUGGGAGGCUGCCUCUUGACCAAGAUCACCCGGAAUAAAAAGCAGGAGAAAUUAUUCUUCCUCGAUGUCGAGGGUUCGAGGGUCUCUUGGAAAGGAGCAGUCACCAUGAAGGUCUUCCACAUCGACAAUAUAAAGAGCAUCCGAAGUGGUGAAGAAGCUGCCAGCUAUCAACAGGAGCUACGAGGUGAAGCUGUUGACCCAGAGCUCUGCUUCACCAUCAACUAUGCGGCAUCGGAUUCCUCAAAGCAGGUCAAGACCUUGCAUCUUGUUGCUCAUACACCUGCCGACCUCAAGCUGUGGGUCGACACCCUCGAGAGCUUGGCCAAACACCGCGAGGAGCUGAUGACUGUCCGCUCUUCAGAGCGCGAAUCGGUCAUGAGGGCUCACUGGGAGAGCGAGAUGGCAAAACGUCCCGACACUAAGAUUGACGGUCUUGACUUGCCUGCCAUCCGGUCUCUCUGCCGUAAACUACAUAUUCACGCCCCUGAAAAAGAACUGGAACACCAUUUCAACUCCGCGGACAUUGACAAGUCGAGGCGCCUAACGUACGAGCAGUUCAAAGAGUUUCUGAAACGCUUGCGCGAGAGAAGCGACAUCAAGAAGAUCUUCAACGAUCUCAAGGAUGACCACGCCGCCGGCGUAAGCCGGUCGAAGUUCGUUUCGUUUCUUGAAGACGUUCAAGGAAUGAGCCUCAGUGACCUAUCUGAACCAGCUGCCUGGGAACAGAAGAUGAAUGAUCUGGUUGCCUCUUCGUUCCCAAACCGUCCAGACCUUCGUGAGCGAGAUCUCAUUGAUGCCAAUGCCUUUGCUACCUUUCUCAUGUCCAAAGACUGUCAUGUCUACUCGAGGCCUGAGGAAUCAGUACCCAUCUUUGAUCGACCACUGAACGAGUACUUCAUCUCAUCUUCUCACAACACCUAUCUUACAGGCUGGCAAGUCAACGGUACGUCUUCGGCAGAAGCUUACAUCACGGCGCUGCGCCAUGGGUGCCGCUGUGUCGAGAUCGACUGCUGGAACGGCCAAGAUGGUAACCCGAGAGUUACACACGGUCGAACUCGCACGACCUCGGUGCUUUUCUCUGACUGCAUCAAUGCUAUUCAGAGAUGUGCUUUUGACGUUACCCCCUACCCGGUCAUCAUCUCGCUUGAGGUCCACUGUGAUAGUGAGCAGCAGGCUAAGAUGGUCGAUAUUAUGAGCUCCGUCUUCGGCGACCGGUUACUUGCUCAUCCAUUGCCCGGAUUUGCGGCGAAACUGCCAUCGCCUGAGCAACUGAAAUACAAAUUCUUGAUCAAGGUCAAAUCUACCGAGCUACACGCUGAUCUCGAAGCUUCGCGUCGGUCUGCAACUCUCAGCCGCACUCGAAGUGCCAGCUCGCCUAACCGCCAUGGCCCUACUAAUGGCUUUGUUCCGGGUCUGUCAACAGUGUCAAGUCCUUCUAUGAUAACGCCACCAGAAACCAUUUACUCCCCGACUGAUCGAUCAGUAACGGCGACUAGUGCGAGCAGCGCUGACGAAGAAAGUGAUGUCGCUCUUACAUCUUCCUCGCUCGCAGCAGACAAUGCCAAACGCACUCCCAAGUCGAGCAAGGUUGGUCCACUCCUGUCCGCCCUUGGUGUAUAUAUGAAAGGCUAUACCCUCCGUGAGGCUCGAGAUCUCGGUUUCCAACAGUACAACCACAUUUUCUCACUAAGCGAAAAUCGUGCCAUGGAACUCUGCCAUGCUCCAGAAGACAAAGCCAGGUUCGAGGACCACAAUCUGGAGUACUUGUGCCGUGUUUAUCCCAAGAACCUUCGCUUUCAAUCAUCGAACUUUGAUCCCAACACAUUCUGGCGAAGAGGUGUGCAAAUGGUUGCCCUUAAUUGGCAAACGUUCGACGCGCAUAUGCAAAUGAACCAAGCCAUGUUCGCCGCUGGAACGGAUGCCUAUGGCUAUGUGCUCAAACCAGAAUACCUUCGCAAACCUCGGACAAAGCAUGGCGACUUUGAACAUCGUGUCAAACUCCCACGGUACAAGAUGAAAUUCUCGGUUCAGAUUGUAUCAGCUCAGCAGCUACCUCGACCGCCAAACAUGAGCAGAGAAACUCCCUUGAACCCCUUCAUCGAGGUACAGAUGUUCAGCGCCGAAGACAGAGCUCGUGGGAUUGCCAAUGGCACUGGUGGCAAAGAGACCUACUCGAACGGCUACCAUGGAAUUGGUUCGCCAUACCGUCGUCAGACACAAAUCUGUUUUGGAAAUGGUUUCAAUCCCCAAUUUGGCGAUAGCAUCGAACUGUCCCUGGAAACCAAGUACCCCGAACUCGUGUUUGUUCGCUUCAUCGUCUAUAAUUCCGACGAUGGCAGGCACAAUGGCAAGGGCAUCAGACAGCUCGCCGCCUUUACAGCCAAACUCGACAGCAUUCAAAAGGGUUACAGACACUUGCCUCUGUACAAUGGCCACGGCGAGGAGUUCAUCUUCUCCACGUUGUUCUGCAAGGUGGUCAAACAAGAAUCCAAGCUCAUGCCGUGGUCGCUCCAAGAUGUGAGCGAACGACCACCCAGGGCCAAUGUCUUCCGAGGCAUACUCUCUCGAGGCCUCUCUGGGGACCGUGGCAGAUCCCGAGCUUCCAGUAUCGAGGAUCAACGUACCUCCCGUCAAGCCAAGCUGAACCGGGAGAUUGAAGAAACCGUCGCUAGACGAUGAGAUUGCAUACGCACUAAUGCACCGGCAUUAAUUGUAUCAACGCAGGGCGCGGGAAUUUGAUAUUCGAAAGAGAUACCCAAAAGCAUAUAUGACCGUGACGACAUUGAUUAGAUUCACCCCGUCUGGCAACGGACAUGAUUUCUUGUGUUAACAGUCUUUAUUUUUUGUAUUUGGAGGUCAAAGGAGCUGGACGGGUGUUGAUUACUGUUACCUUAUCCUACCACCUAUUUUCUAUGUACCAUAUCUAUAUAGACCUUGAGGGCUAUUUCUUUCUCUCUGUUGGAAUAUGAUGUUCAUUUUGUCACAAUUUAUUUCUUUG